AUGGGAAUUCAAGACAAGGCACCAGGAACUCAAAAGGUGCGUAAGCUGGCGGUUGCGCCUCGUGAAAGAAGCCAUGCCCGGCACACAUCGCAGAGGACACGUUCCAAAAGCUACAAGAACAUCUCGAAAAAAAGGGCUCAGCAACAUGCGUUUGGGUUCAAUAUUGCUAAAGUGAUUUCAAAGAUCCAUGCUCGUGUAUGGGGAGUCCCCGCCGAGGGGAAAGAGGAAAGCAGUAUAAUUUCAUCCUCUGCGGCUUCUCAAGAUUGCGUGCCUUUACAAUGGCAGGCAAAGUUUGCCCAGUUACAGCAGCAACUGCAAUCUGCACAAAAGGAACUACAAUUUGUCAAGGAGAAGUGCCACCUGCUGCAGUCGGUGCUAGACGAUGCAAACAUCGAUCAAAAAUACCUCGAGUCUCGCAGGGACAUGAAAAACAUCGAACGAGACAACCUCAAGCCCACCGAAAACUUGCCGCCUUCACCAGUGAGAGCAGUGAACCCGUUGGUGACUUCAAGCCCCAUUCACAUGUCGCCGCUGCAAUCGCGCCAACGACCACUCUCAGCCCUGCAACCCCCUAAGGGACCCAACUUUUAUGCCAAAUAUCCGAAGCUUCCCCAUACCAGCAUUCUCAGAGGAGCUCCUACUGACGAAUCCCUCCCUCGGGCUGAAUAG